AUUGUUAUUUUUUUUUUUUCCUCAAUGACAAUUAUAUUUUUGUCAUUAUAUUUUAAACAGGUGAAAGCCUUUUUUAGGUAAUUAACCUAUCAAAUAAUCUGUGAUGUUUGUUUACAAUUAAUAUUUAUUUUUUUAUUUUAAAUAACAACAAUAGCUAAGUAAAUAUGCAAAUAAUAAUAUAUAAUAUUUAACUCAUCAAAGUGUCAACAAAAAAAAAUCUACAAUUUUGUGCCUUUAUUAAUUUAAUUUUUAAUUAAUCAAAUAACAAUUGACAAAAAACAUAAAAAUACAUGAAAAAAUUUUGACACUUUAUAUCAAUAAUUAUUAUAAAAAUAUAAUAAAAAUAAAUUUUUUAUUAUUAAAAUAAAGCUUAUUAAAUCAGUCAAAAUAACAAGUCAUUUUUUAAAUAUUAAUAGUACAAAUAUUUAAAUAAAAUAUGGCUAUUCUUCCUCCUGAUCCAAUUUACAUCCUACGUGGUGAUAUGGGUCCAGUUCAUAGUCUAUUGUUUAAAAUAUCACCUUACUAUGAGCAUAUUUAUGCUGGUGGUGAAAAUGGCAUUAUUUAUAUUUGGGAUUUAAAGAGUCAUCGAGAAACUGGUAAAUUAGAAAAUCAUGAUGAUGAUAAAGACAAACAACAGUGUCUUUCAAUGCUAUCAUUUGAUGAUGAAAAAUUAAUAAUACAAAAAAAAAAUGGUUCUAUUGAUAUUUGGAUAAGUCAUGGUUCAACAUGGAUUUUUAAUAAAACAAUUGAAACUGAUUACUAUGGUUUUUGCAGAUGUGAAAAAUUGUCAAAUGAUUUGAUGCUUAUUCCACUUGCAAAAUCAAAUGUUGGUAUAUUUUCAUUGAAAACAUUUGAAAUUAUUCGUAAACUUGAAUCAUCAAAAAUACCAAAAGAAUUGGGUGAAGUUAUGGCUAUUAAAAAUUGUGGUAUUGAUAAUAAAAAUAUUGUACUUGUUGGAUAUGAAAGUGGUACUAUUGCAUCAUGGGAUAUUGAUAAUGGAAGUGUUAAUAAUUUAUUGGAAAAUGAAUCAUGUCCUAUGACAAUUAAUUUUGAUAAUUACUGGAUGAGAGGAAUCAUUGGAAGUCCAACAGAUAAAAUUGAUGUAUUUCAUCUAACAAAAAAUUAUGAGCUCGUUUAUAAAACACCAAUAACUAUGAAAAAUUCAGGCACAUCUGUUCUUGCAACAAGAGUUGAUUCAAAAGUAUUUGCUGCUGGUUGUUGGGAUGGAAGAAUUAGAAUAUACUCAUGGAAAUCAUUAAGACCAUUAGUUGUUCUUGAUCAACAUAGAUCAACUAUUUUUGAUAUAACAUAUUCAGUUGAUAAAAUUCAAGCUUACAAUAAUAAAAAUUUAAUGGCUGCAACUGGAAAAGAUGGCACAAUUUCACUAUGGGAUAUUUAUAAUCAAUGAAUCAUUUUUAUUUUUUUUUAAAUAAACAUUCAGUCACAAAUAAAAAUUAUUUUUAUUUAAAAAAAAAAAAAAACAAAUACAUUAUUUUUAUUCAGCUUUUUAUUUUGAUAAAAUUUUACACAAAUAUUUCACUGUUUUUAAAACAAAAAAAAAAUAAAAUAAUUAGGCACCAGCACUGUAAUUAAAACAAUUAAAAAUAUUUAAUUUUUAAAAAUAACAAA